AUGAUACUAAAAUGUAAAAUUUUGUUGAAUGCGAUCAUUCUACUGAUCAUCACUAACGUAUCGUUCGAGCUGAAGUUGUCUCCUCAAGCUGCAUGGAAUCAAAUCGGUACGACAGUUGCGGGAGAUAAAAAAGGAAGCGCAGGAUCAGCUCUCAGUCAACUUAAUGAGCCUGUCGACAUAUAUAUCACCAACAACGACAUUCUUUAUAUUGGGGAUACCCGCAAUCAUCGAAUUCUUGUUGUUCAUCUCAACUCUUCGACCAACAACUCCGCUAUCGGCUCUGAACCAGGUCCGAAUUUCAAUCAACUCAAUGGACCACGCGGCGUUUUUGUUUUCAAUGCAUCUCUCUAUGUUCUUGAUACCAGCAACUACCGAGUACAAAAGAUGACACUUGAUGGUUCUAGUGUCACUACAGUGGCUCAUAUACCUCGACCAGGCGAGGGACAAGGCGAUCCACUCUAUCUCUAUGUGACUAAUGAAGGCAACAUAUAUGUAAGUGAAAGAUGGGGACAUUGUAUCUGGUUAUUUUUUCCAAACUCAACUACUGGUCACAUCAUCGCUGGACAAACUAGACAAAAGGGAUCCAAUAACACUCAAUUCGACGAACCCUAUGGCAUCUUUGUCAACGAUGUGGGCACCAUGUACAUUGCAGAUCGUAAGAACCAUCGGAUCAUGAAGUGGUCAACCGGAGAUUUGCAUGGUGUUUGUGUGGCUGGUGAUGGUAAAAUCGGUGAUACACCAAAACAACUCAACGAACCAACUCAAGUGAUUGUUGAUACCAACGAAUACAUGUAUAUUACGGAAGCUAGUUAUCGAGCACGUGUUGUUCGAUGGCUCGUCGGAUCAACCUGGGGUGUGUGCAUUGUUGCUUGCACAAGAAGUUCUGGAAUUGAAGCAACUCAACUAAGUCACCCACAUUCGUUGGCAUUUGAUAGACACGGGUCACUGUAUGUCACCGAUUGGGCUAAUCACCGAGUGCAAAAGUUCCAGAUUCUCGACUAUUCUCUAUCAUUCAACGAGCCAGUCAUUCCUCCGAACUCAACGUGGAGUGUAUGUGGUAUUACUUUUGCUAAUCAAACCAGCAUUGGCUUGAGACCUCGUGGUAUUUUUAUUGAUCAUCGUGACACUGUGUAUGUCGCUGAUCAUACCCAUCGACGAGUUCUUGUAUGGUCAGAAAAAGAUAAUAAUCAUCAUCAGAUAUCCGUCGGCAACUUAUUCAAUCCUACAACUCCGUUUGUUACAGUGAAUGGCGAUAUUUACGUUGAGAAUGGUGACCAAGCAGGUCGAAUUGAGAAGUGGAGACCAGGUGCAACGAGUGGCGAACUCGUCGUAACAUUUCCUGGAAACUGCUUUGGGCUGUUCAUCGACAUUAGAAAUCAUCUUUAUUGUUCGGUUCAUAAGGAGCAUCAAGUAGUGAAACUCAUGCUUGACAGCAACAACAAGUCGUUGGCGGUAGUGGCCGGAACGAGGAAUUCGUCUGGCUCUGAUUCUAAUAAACUAAAUCGUCCUUGUGGAAUAUUUGUCGAUGUUUAUUUCAGUCUCUAUGUAGCUGACUCAGGCAAUAAUAGAAUUCAGGUUUUCCUGUCGGGAGAAUCAAAUGGAAUCACAGUUGCUGGCGGAGGUGUUCCUAAUGGCUUAGAACUGCGAUAUCCAAGUGGUGUGAUACUGGACGCUAGUAACGUGUUAUACGUUGCAGACAAUCAACAUCAUCGUGUUGUUCGAGUCGAAGGCGAUUCGUUCCGAUGUCUGUUUGGUUGCACGAAGAAGAGUGGACCGGCGUCAAGUCAGCUGUAUUACUCAUAUUCUGUUGGUUUCGACAGUCAGGGAAACUUGUAUGUGGCUGAUGAAUGGAAUGCUCGUAUUCAAAAAUUUAAUUUAGAAAUCGAUUCUUGUGGUAAGUCGCUGAGAUAUUCCGACAGCUCAAUUCGACCCGUUCUUCUUAGAGAUGUUGAUAUUGGACUAUUAUGUUUUAUCUGCAUUUCUCGUUUUGUAGAUUGUCGUGAACCAUUUGUGAAACUUACUCCAUCUGGAACAUUGUUAAGCUUUCGACAAAACCAGCAUAUAUAUAUUAGUUCAACUAUCGAGGUGAACUGUGCUGAUUUAACAUCAAUUGCAGUCGAAUGGUCAAUUCUCAUCUGCACAUCAGUAUGUACCAAUAGGUUACCGUUCAAUCAUUCUAUCCAUACAACAUCGAAGGAUCUGUUCAUUCCAUCGGGAACUCUCUCAUAUGGGCUCUAUCGCUAUCGACUAAUAUUAACCGCCACAAUGCAUGAACAUCCAUUACAGCUAUCGUCAUCAUCUGCAAUAGAUAUUCAAAUCAGUUCACCGUUACUGGUUACAAACCUCAUUUCCUUUGAUACUCAGUUUAUCACAUAUGAUUAUCAGCUUGAUCUUGUACUCAAUCCCGGCCAAUUCUCUUACAAUAAAAAAGAAUUGAGAUUGAAUGCAAACGAUUGGGAUUAUUUCUACUAUUGUCGAACUUAUCCAGAAGAUCCACAAGGAUUUCAACUAUUUGACAAUCAAAGUCGUAUGUGUUUUCCAGGUGCAUGGAAAUAUCUCACCCCAGAUCGAUCAUCUAUGAAGAUCUCGACUAGCUCUCUGAACCUUAAUCAAACUUACCAGCUAAUGGUUCAAAUGAUUCAUCGAAAAAAUUCAUCUGUACACUCAUUUGGUUAUCUAAUCGUUCGAAUCGAUCAUAUUCCAUUACCAAUGAUCAUCAUCAGUUGUGUAAUUGUCACGACAUGUUCUUUAUCUCAUGAAAAUUUUCAUUAUGUCAAUCAAAAAAGUCAACUUCUCCUUCUCUCAUCAUGUUUGGGUGCCCGUGUAUCGAUCCAUAGGAUCAGUUGGACGAUUUAUGUCGGAUCACCUGUCUCACCGCUUGAUCAGACGAUUCACUGGAUCCCAUACAAACUCAUUGUCAAUAGAUCUUUAGAGGAAGGUUUCGUUUUUGCGGGUCUAACUACCAACAAAUUGGCAGUGAUGAAAGGUUUAUUUGCGGAGAAUCAUUCGAAUAUUUAUUGGCGUUUUGAAGUGAGUUACUCAUUCUUGGAAUUCGAGAACCAAAGUCAAAGUUACUUUGAUAUUGAAUUAAAUCAACCACCGAUCAAUGGUUCUUGUUCUAUUUACCCACUCAAUGGUACAACUACUACGUUAUUUACGAUUCAAUGUACAAAUUGGUUUGAUCAAGACGAAAUCAAAGAUUAUCUUAUUUAUGGUCAGUUAUCGAAUUCUAUAGAAGAAAUGCUCUUGGCUCAUACCGUCCAAUCAGCUCUACAGCUCUACUUACCCGUCACACUUGAUCCAACAUCGACCCUUCAGUUAAAAGUGAAGAUUCGAGACGAAUUUGAUUGUUCUUCAGAAUACUCUCUUCCACCUGUUCGCGUUCAUCCAGACGUAUCAAACAUAUCACAACUCAUUGAUUUAUUACAUAAUGAUGACAAAAACAUAUUUGCACAGAUAGUUUCAUCAAUCGUACAACUAUUUAAUCAACUCAAUUACCAAACAAUGAACGAACAAGUCCAGAGUGGAAUUGCGUUAACUGAGAUCACAGUCACAUCGCUUCAUCAACAACCUCUUGCUUCGAUGAUGAAUGUAUCGAUUCUAAAUAUUGACGAACGGGCUAAAUUACAUGAAGAUCUAAUCUUGAAAAUUAUCGAUCUAUCUAUCGCUACAACCACAGAUCUACAAUUACAAUCAACUAUCCUUUCACAAAUAACACAAAAUAGCAACCAACUGACACGAAACGCUUCUGUUAUGACAUCAAACAAAUGCUCUCAACUUUCUGCAUUACUGAAAUCAAUCGCCAAUACACUUUCCUCUGAAGAUACGCAUUUCAUAGCGACACAUCUUCUACAAUGUGCUGUCAACUCUUUCAACGGCAUCUAUGGCUCCUUGCAGGAACGUGCGAAAAUUCUUUCUUCGGAUUUAAUACGAACACAAGAAGAAUUUCAUGACGAUUCAGAAUAUCAAUGGCACGGUACAAGUGCGCAGUUUUCGUUUUUCGAUACGGAUGGCGACGUUGAGACAAUCCUUAUGGAAAAGAAUCGAUAUUAUCAGAAUCAAGAAGCGAAGAAGAUUUCGAACGACUUGAAUCAGAUUAUUUCCUCAAUAACAUCAACAUUUCAUGUUCAUUUGAAUGUCGGCCAGCAAAUCAUUAUCAAUACAUCGGCCAUUUUCUUCUCACUUGAGAAAGUCUUAUCUUCAUCGAUCGCAUACCGACUGAACGAUUCUCAGAUUCGUUUUCCAUCAAAUCUUCUCGAUUCUAAUAGCACUGUGCUCAUUCGCAAUAUUCUGCAACCAUUGGCUUCGUCCACAUCCGAUCAUCGAUUUUCCGCUUACACCAAUCUAUCUCGAUCGCUCUCGUUAUCGAUCCUUAAUGAAAAUGAAACUGAAUUAAAUAUAAACACUAACCUAACAGAUCCCAUAGAGUUUUUCAUUCCCCGAGAUCCACAGCUGAUCAUGCCAUCGGCAUUCCUUCAAAAUAGUACAUUGAUCAAUGAGCAAAAGAUGUCAUCAUCGCCUUUUUAUUUCUACUUAUUCGAUUUACAACAGACAAAUCCAAACUUAACAUUUGCCAUUCACUUGGAAAUUCAUCUCUCGAUAACUAACGUUUCCUAUUUAUUAACUUAUCAAUUUGAUCCUCCAAAACCACUAUCCUCGUUAUCAGAUCAUUGGACAUUUCUUUGUCCAUCAAGUAAACAUCAAUCUUAUCUCACUUCGGAUGGCAUGUACGUUCAUUUUCUUAAUAAUCAUCAAACAUCAAAUCGUCAUUCGAUCGUUUAUGGACUUCGUCAAUUAUCAACAAAGGAAAUGCAAGAAUUCUGUUAUCACAACAAAACACUCGAUCGAACAUCUUCAUUAUUUCGUCAAGCUUGGAUAUUCACAUCUGAUUAUCAAAUACGAAUGUACCAAUCUGCUUGUUUCUAUCUCGAUUCCGACUCCAAUUGGCAAUCCAAUGGAUUAUUGGUUGGAUCAUUAUCUGAUCAUUAUGCAACCCAAUGCUUUUCUACACGUAUAUGA